AUGGGGAAGAAAAACGUGAUUUUGAAGGCGUGGGAGCGUUGCCGAUCAAUAGGAAGUGGCAGUGGCAACAAGAGGUCACACUCGAAAUUGAAAGCUACAGCAAAAUCAUUGUCAGAGAAUAAUAAUGAGAAGGGUCAAAUAGCGCCCCAUGGUUGUUUUUCUGUGCACGUUGGACCGGAGAGAAAAAGGUUCAUAGUGAAAACAGAGUACGUUAACCACCCACUGUUUCAGAUUUUGCUAGAAGAAGCAGAACAAGAAUUUGGGUUCGAAAGUGAUGGCCCCAUUUGGCUUCCCUGUAACGUCGAUUUGUUCUACAAAGUGUUGGCUGAGAUGGAUGGCGAGGAGAAUAAUAAUAUCAUGAAUAAUGGUAGAAAAAGCUUUAGCAAAACCAAAGGGUUUUCUUUUUUUGUUCUUCGUGGCCCAGCUCAUCUUCCUUGCUAUGGCCAUCAUGCGUAUAGUGUUGUGGAUUCAGAAAUGCUGAGAAUAGACCAAUUUCAAUAG